AUGAGUCGAGGCUGGCGAAGGCGACCCGACGCCGGGCCGCUACGCAGCUCGGGGGGAGUAAAGCGACGCCCCGUCGUUGUCGGUAUCUUUAUGGACGAAGCGUCAGACCCCGAGGCAAGACUCUACACAUGGGUCUAUGAAAAGGCUCCGAAACUUCUAUUGCCCACAAAUGUGACGGUAAACCGUCUCGAGGAGACGAGCGCCGUAGCCUCGUCAACAGCGCUGAAUGCCUUCGUAGCCGGGGCGCUUGGCUCCGACGAGCCUGUCUCCAGUCGCCUCGCAGACCGCGUUUUGCUUCUGGGCAAUCCCUCUAAGCAUACGCGCAGGCGGGAGAGUGUUCUUGGUGGACAGAAAAGGCGUCGGUUGAAACCGAGUCGGCAGAGGCGGCAGGUGCAGCCGCUUACCGCUCGAGAGCGACGCAGACUCGGGUUGUAUAAGCUGGACAAGCGCAUUCCUUACGCAGAGGUGCAACCACUGGCGCAGCUCUGGCUGGAGUACGCACAGUCCAUGAUCCCCGUGCAACAGCUCGACCGACUGCGGCAGCAGGAGCGAGAAGCAGUGCUCGACCGCCUUCUUCGGCUGGACUGGCACGGGGCCAGCAUCACAGUGCACCAGAGCGCUGCCCCGGAGCGCGUCGGUGUUCACGGCAUUGUUAUUCAGGAGACUGAACAGACAUUUAAAAUCGUGUCGCCUGACUCUCGAUUGCGUGUUCUGCCCAAGCUAUCGACGGUGUUCACGGUGGACCUCAGCGACGACUGGGUGCUGGUUCUCUGCGGUGAUGCCUUGCGAGUGCGGAGCGCGGAACGGUCCGUACGGAAACCGAAACGAAAAGCGCUGCUUCUUGUUUGA